CAAAAUAUUUCAAAUGAAACUAUGGAAGUUAAAGCAUCUGGGAACAAUUGUGAAGAAGAGGAUACCAAUCAAGAGAAUGUUUUUCAUGGUGAAAGUCCAACUUUCAAGAUCCACAAAAACUGGCCUGAUGUGAAGUUCGAAAGGUCUAGGAACCAGUUUGAAUGCAAUGCACUUUGUGCUAUUAGACAUGACUUGGAUUUGGUGUUAAGUACUUCAACAGCAGAAGAAGUCAUCCAUCAUAUUGAAAGUGCGAGGACAAAAACAUUAGACAGAACAGUGGUUUUAAAUAUUGUGAAAGAGUAUGGUUAG